AGCGCUGGGGUGGCGCGGCGAUGAAAUACCGGGGAGAGCUGGCAGCUUGACCCUUUGAGCCUUCCUUGAUCCGGAUGUCGGGAUGCGGGCGCCCCUGCGCACACCCGCUCGUGGCUGUCGCAGCCACCGCCGGCUAGACUCCGUUCCCUCGACUGCUGCCCCAUGUUCCGGGAAGCGGGUGGGCCUGAGUAGUGCCCAUCCGAGGGGGUCGUCACUGUCCCUCAGCCGUGUUCACCCUCUAGUACAGCCAGGAGAUUGUGGGUUCAGCUGUGGAUUACAGAGUUGUUCAGGGGCAAAUUAAUUUCAUUUUCUUUUUUUGGUAGUUUUAUGCUGGGUUAAAGCCCAAACAGAUUGACACAGGAGAGCAAAAAUCUAUAUAUGCUGGAAUUGAAUGGAUAAAUUCUCCGUGGUUCAGCCCCAGAAGACCACACCUGGGAGAAGGAGCUACCAAGAAAAUGGACCCUGAACUGCUGAACCUCCCGCUCACAGUCAAGAUCCCUGUGGCACCUGGAUCCAAGCCUGUCUUCUGCAGGGGAAAGCUGGGUGAAAAGCUCCACCAGCCAUUUCCUUAUUUUACUCUGGAUGAUCCCUACAUCCACCACCUCAGCCCAGCAUACAACUGCCUGCAUGACCCUGUCCUUCGAGACUACCACAAGCGCAAGGAUGUGCUGCGGUUGCUGAAGAAACAGGGCUGCAUCACCAGUGACAACAAGGUGAUUUGCACUGUGAAGGAGUUCAACGAGUACAGGCAGUACCUGACCAGGAUCAAGCUGCAGUCAGAGCAGAUCUUGGAGCAGCAAAGGAAGCCAGAUGGCACUGCCAAUGGCCUGUUGAAUGCUGUGUUUGAGCAACUAACUGCAGCAGAAGCCAAGAAGCUUGAAGAGCUGGUUGAGACUGUGGUGUACAGAGUGUUGGAGAGGUUGAAGAUUCCUGAAAAUCAGCAUCCUCUGUCAUGCUGA